GGAUCACCUGGAGGAAGGCUAAAGAAAGGACAAACCGAUUGUGGGUGUGUCCUGUAUGGGCUGCUGUCACACAAACAGGGAAAAAGAAGCACUUCCAAACAUAUUUAAGACUCAACAGGUGCUGUCGACUCCCAACAGGUGUGGAGAAAGUCUGACAUAACUCCAGGGGAAGAGGAUUCAUCAGUCCACUGCCCAUCUCAGAACAACAUGGCACAGAUGAAACCAGGAGCUAGGAGCCCGUUGAUGGAGGUCGCUGUGGGUUUCGCACUGGGAGCAGUGGGAGGCUGCAUACUGGGAGCCACAGAGGACCCAGUGGACAGGACCCUGGCAGCGCUGACUGCAGCCGGUCCACUUAGACCGGUGAUGGAGGAAGUUGGGACAGUGGGUGCUCUGGGGCUGGGGACCCUUAUCGGAGCCACAGCGCUGACCGCGGCGAUGACCUCAGUAGUAGCCGGUGUGAUUCUGGCAGCGGCGGUAGCUUCGGUGUUUGUGGCCACAAGAAGCUGCGGCGCCUCCCACGUGGACUCUGUUGGCUUGUGGGCAGCAGCGGGAUUUGCCGGGGCCUUCGGGACCACUCUCAGUGGAGCCACGCUCGGGGUCGCCAUCGAAUGGAUUGUGAAGAAUUGUGGCAUGGUGGGCCUUCUGUGGGCGUUAAGCAUUUUCACCUUGAUCAAACCGCCGCUGCACUUUGUAUUCAAGCUCCUCUGGAAGCAGGGAGAGGCCUGUUGCACUCUGGGAUCUGUAGUCUGGGACAGGGAGAGGAAUCGCAUUGAGACUGCAGAGUUGCAGCACAGGCAGAGAGUGGCUGGGCAGAUGGAGGAGAGGAUCCGGACGCUGGAGAACGGAGGCGGCGCCGGCGGGACGGAGCACGUGACGACGUGGGCCACCGAGCGAAGGCUGAGAGAAGAGAUAGAGAGGAAGAAAAUGGAGAGUGAAGAGGCAGAGAUGGAGCAAAGAACCAUCCAAGACUGGAUCAACACAGUGGUGAUCAAAUAUGUGGACUUCUUGGCUUUCUCGGGGAUACCGAUGACAGUGGUUGCCAUAGUAACAUCAGGGUUUGGGGUGUUUGGCUACGGAAGCCACCCGUCUGUGUUUAUAGUGCUUCUGGCUUUGGUUGCAGUCAUAGGCUAUUUGCUAAUGAAAUCUUCUGACUUUAAGUUCUGGAUGUUGAUAGGAUGCAUGGGGAUGCUCGCAACAUUCCUCAUCGCCAUGCUCACCCUACACGCCGGGCAGGAGGUCGUGACGAAUGCCGCCAAGAUGCGAGCGGCAGGGAAGGGUCAGUCCAGAGAAAACAUCAGCGCUCGUAUUAACCGCCAAUCCUCUCUGGAGGCUUUGAACGCAGCUUUCUUUGUGGCAAAAGUGUGUGAGUUGGGUCUGGGGGCUACGGUGGGGGGUCCGCUGGUGAGACGAGCAGCCGGAGAGGUGAAAGUUAUAGCGGGGGCGGCUUUAGUGGCGGGGGGCUUACUGGCAGGAGUGGAGGUUUUAGCCCCGGUGCUGGGAGAAGGGGGGAAAGCGGGGGCGUUGCUGGGGGUGGUGGGGGCAGCAGGGGUGUCCGUGGGUGCAGCGGCGGCUGUGGCCAGCAGGUCGUCCUCAUGGCUGGGAACUUUGGGAACGAUAGCAGGGUUGGUUAUAGGAGCCUUAGCGAUGGGAAAAUGGCAUAUUGUCAACAUCGGCCUCCAGGUGCCUGUGGCCUACGUCUUCGCUAUGACCAAUCCAUUUUAACAUAACACAUGUCAGUGUGUCAUUUGCAUCAGUUGCCUGUUUUGAGUUACUCUACUUUAAAGGAUAAGUGUGGUUCAUAUAUAAUAAUAAUAUCCCAUGUGCAGCAGAGCCAAACCAACAGUGAAAGUAUCCUAUUACACACUAUUGUGUGUGUCUUAAAGCCUGAUAUCUCUUCUUCCUCUGUGCCAUAGAGCUCCGUUGUUGUUAAAAACAUUAAAACACAUCAAUGAGCCUCACUGUGUCACUGGCUGACAUGUUCCUUCAUCACCAUGAACACACACACACACACACUGGAGUUUAAUCUACACCGUCCUGCUGCCACUAAUACUCACUACAGCACCAAUUGGGGAUUAAUCCGCCUCUGAACAUAGUCCCCAACAAAGUCACUAUUUCCUCCUGUUUGAGUAACGUUUUAACCAGCCGCUUUAGGAAAUGACUUUUUGGCUGGACCGCAGAGGGCCAGCUCUACAAACGCAAAGUCUGCCACUGACUGACUGACUGACUGAGAAUUCAUGCUUUGUCGGGUCUGUCCGCAACACAACAAGCAAACAACUUCUAAAAUGCUUGUUCUCUGAACGGCGUUCGGAUCGAUCAGUUUCAGGCUAUGCAGCUGCUCCAUUAACACUCCAUUUAGGAAUAAAUACGGCAGCAACGUCAGUGAUGACAGCGGGAAUAUCUCAAUGCUGACAAACUUUUGCAAAGUAUGUAUAUAUUGUUACACACCACUUAUAUGAUGAAUGCUUUUGAUACACAUGCUUUAAUAAAAAACUGAAAUACUUUUAACCUUG